GGUAGACUUCGUCAUAGGUUAUAAAAUCUUUUCUCAGUUUCUAAAACGACGGCGGUGACAAGAAACAAAGGUAAAAGUUCCAGACACAGAACAAAACAGCAAACGAAGAAAUUUCAAAAUCUAUUUCAAUUCAACGUAUACUUUCCUCAAAUUAGGAAUUAAUCUUCAAUUUUUCUCCACAAAAUUGAGAUCCGAAUAACUAUGGUGAGACUCAAGACGAGUCUCUGGGUUCUUCUCCUCGCGCUCGUUUCAUCAAUUCAGUUAAAGGGUUCGUUUGGAUCUGAACCAAGUAAAGUAGCUUAUGUCACACUUUUGUAUGGAGAUGAGUUCUUAUUGGGAGUUAGGGUAUUGGGCAAAUCGAUUCGUGACACUGGAUCCAAAAAAGAUAUGGUCGCUUUGGUUUCUGAUGGUGUCUCAGACUACUCUAAGAAGCUACUCAAGGCUGAUGGAUGGAAAGUUGAAAAGAUUAGUUUACUGGCAAAUCCAAAUCAAGUUCAUCCGACAAGGUUCUGGGGUGUUUAUACAAAGCUUAAGAUCUUUAACAUGACUGAUUACAAGAAAGUUGUGUAUCUUGAUGCUGAUACUAUUGUGGUAAAGAAUAUUGAGGAUUUGUUUAAGUGCUCGAAGUUUUGCGCAAACUUGAAGCAUUCUGAGAGGCUAAACUCUGGUGUUAUGGUUGUUGAACCAUCUGAAGCUCUUUUCAAUGAUAUGAUGCGGAAAGUGAAGACUUUGUCGUCUUAUACCGGAGGAGACCAAGGGUUCUUGAAUUCCUACUAUCCAGAUUUCCCAAAUGCUCGUGUUUUCGAUCCGAGUGUAACCCCUGAAGUCUUGAAAACCAGACCAGUUCCUGCUAUGGAGAGGCUUUCAACAUUAUACAAUGCGGAUGUUGGUCUUUAUAUGCUUGCUAAUAAGUGGAUGGUUGAUGACAGUAAACUUCACGUUAUUCACUACACUCUAGGCCCUCUUAAGCCUUGGGACUGGUGGACAGCAUGGCUUGUGAAACCUGUUGAUGCUUGGCAAAGCAUUAGGGUAAAGCUUGAGGAAACUCUUCCUGGAACUGGAGGUGGCAAAAACCAACAUGAUGAACUCGUUGUCAAGUUCCUUUUCUUGUUACCUCUUUGUGCACUUUUGUUCUGCAUUUACCGAUCCAUCCAGGGUCGUGAGGGUUCAUUGUGCUGGAGCUCGUUCAGCAAUCAGAUUAGAUAUCUUUAUUACCAAAUUAGAUCUAAUGGAACACUUGGUUAUAGCGGUAUAUCUACCAUGAAUCCCAGCUAUCAACCCCACAGUGGCAGCACACAGUCCAAGGUUCCUCAACACUUGGGCGCGGUUGCAGUUGUCGUCUGUUUUACUGCUCUUCUGUUAUCUCUUGGAAUAUCCUUUGCGAUUGUGCCGAGGCAAAUCAUGCCAUGGACUGGCUUGGUCUUGGUGUAUGAAUGGACUUUUACAAUCUUCUCUCUUUUGUUUGGUUGCUUCUUGCUUUUUGUGCAUCUACAUGGAAAGAAAAUAGCAAUACAAUCAGAAUCAUCAUCCUUGGAUGAUUCCGCAAAAGUUCAUCAGCGAGCAGGUGUGUCUUGUGACGUUACUACAUUGUAUUAUGGAUUAGGGAUGGCUUUUCUGGCUAUUGCUGCAGUUUCUUUACCUUACAUUUUAGGGAUCACUGCUUUAUUCACGAGGUUGGGUUUAAUGGUGGGUGUAGGCAUAAUUCUAGCUGCCUUCAUGACUUAUGCUUCAGAGCACCUCGCGGUCAGAUGGUUCUUGAAAGGUCUAGAAGACCGUCGCGACACGACGAGAUCAAAUUCCUUAUGUUUCCUCUGCUGACAACAAAAAAACAGCCGAGUAAAAGUGUCACCUUUGUAACUUGCAGAAACAACAGAGCCUAUCUAUAAUCCUGAGUUAUUGUAGUUCUUCUGUUCUUGUCUUGAAAUGGAUAAAGCUUUGUUCUUUCUUUGUCAUUAUGUCUCGUAACAACACAAGAUUCUAAA